AUGACAGAAAGCACGGAGUCCAUCUCCAUCACCGACGAGGAAUUCGCAAGAAUGUCCUCCGCCCCUUCUCCAAUCCCCGCGAGGUCUCUCGCCGCCGAUAUCGAGGAGCUCAAACUGUGGAUCCACCAAACCAACGACAAGCUCCUCACAACUCUCACGGAGAUGAAUUCCGUGCAAGGACAACUCAGCGAGCUCGGAUACGACAUCUCCACCGAUACGCUGCCAUUCGAGGUGCCAUGGUCAAUCGAGCUUCAGAAUCUGCUGCUCACGAAGGAGUAUCUCCGCAAGGUUCUCGACCUGAAUUGCUCCUAUCUCAGCUAUCUCGAGGGCGUCCAGGCUAGGAAGGAGAAGGAGAAGGAGGAGGAGGACCGCGAGAAAAUGGCGGCGGAGGAGAGCGUGGAGGGUUAG